CCUCCUCACUCUUAUAUCACAACACAGCAGCGUGUCACAGCAGCAGGGUGUGUGUGUGUGUAGCUGCAGCUCGAGGACACUACACUACACUACACAACACAACACAAGACAGCACAGAGGAGGUGACACCAGGGAGACGGAAAAUGUGGCUGCCUAUGAUUGGGAUGACCGCCCUGCCCCACCUGGGGGGGCUGUACGGUGGCUAUAUCACACGCAAAGAGGUGAAGGACUGGUACCCAAGCCUGCAGAAACCAUCAUGGCGCCCGCCGAACGCGGCAUUCCCUAUAGUCUGGACUUGUCUGUACACGGGCAUGGGGUACAGCUCCUACCUGGUGUGGAAGGAACUGGGAGGUUUCACUGAGGAUGCACUGCUUCCACUGGGACUAUAUGGGCUACAACUUGCUCUUAACUGGGCCUGGACUCCCAUUUUCUUUGGUGCACACAAGAUAAAACUGGCCCUCAUGGAGAUCGUACUUCUCACUGGGACUGUCGGAGCCACCAUGGUGUCUUGGUAUCCCAUCAGCCGCACCGCCACUCUGCUCAUGGCGCCCUACCUUACCUGGCUGUGCCUCGCCACCUCUCUCAACUACUGCAUAUGGAGAGACAACCGUGAGGAAAAAAAGGAGUAGGGGACGGCUCAGUGGGCUUUGACCAGAGCACUUCAAGUCAGAAUCAUGACAUUAUUCAGUGUUUUCAAAUCAAUUUUUCUUUCUAUGGAAUUCUAGAUCACAGAUUCACAAACUAGUCAGUCUAUGAUGGAGGAUGGAUGGUAUAAAAUCACCUUGUCAAAGACUGAUCAAUAUCUGUGUGAAUGAUGGCCAAUAUUCAAAAUAACUCAUCCACGCAGUCAGAAUUUGUCAAUAUCCUUAAAGAACACAAAAGCAGGACUCACUGUGCUACAUGUUUUCAAUUGAAGUUGAUAGUGAUACAAUGUGAAUGUAUUGUUUUUUUCAUGAAGACCAUCCUGUGUGUGUUACUGAUGAAGAAAGAUGCUUUAGUUACUGCUAUAAAUCUGCUCAAAUUAAAAUAAAUGAUCCAAAUGACC